AUGGUAUUUGAAUCGUUGGUUGCCGACCUUCUGAAUCGAUUCCUCGGUGAUUUCGUCGACAAUCUCGACUCGUCACAAUUGAACAUCGGAAUUUGGGGAGGUGAUGUGAAACUUGAGAAUUUGCAAGUCAAAGAAACGGCGCUGGACGACUUUGACCUGCCAGUCAAACUCAAAUAUGGGUAUUUGUCGUCGCUGGUGCUCAAGAUCCCGUGGAAGAACCUUUACAAUGAGCCGGUGAUUGCCACCAUCGACGGCCUCAAUCUCAUCGUGGUGCCGAAUAAGGGUGUCGUCUACAACGAGGAGAAGGCGAUGAAGAAUCUGCUUGAGGUCAAGAAGAAGACGUUGGCGAGACUUGAAGAAGCGAGAAAGGAGCGUCGAAAGCCGAAAGAUCCGCAAGCGGAUACGUUUGCUGAGAAGAUGGUCACGCAGAUCAUCAAGAAUCUUCAGGUCACCAUCUCUAACAUUCAUGUUCGUUUUGAAGACAAAUACACCAACCGACAUCGUCCAUUCGCCAUGGGAAUCACCCUACAGAAGUUGGAUUUCAAGACCACUGAUGAGAACUGGAAGGAGACGAUUCAUAAGGACGUUGUCAAGAUCAUUUAUAAGCUUGUCUCUCUUCAGAAUCUUGCUGUUUAUUGGAAUUCGGAUACGGAAUUUAUUUCGGAUCUCAAUGAUAAGGAGAAGAUACGGAAACGAUUGCAGGAAGCGAUCCAUAAUGGCAAGAACGCGCCACAAGGAUUCAAAUAUAUUCUGGAACCGAUUCAAAUGGAAGCGAAACUCAAGCUGAAUCAAAAGCCGGAGACCGAUGGGAGCAAUUGGAGCAUUCCGAAAAUCGACUUGGCUGUUGAUAUGCACGCGUUGGCCUUGUCCAUCGGCAAAUUCCAAUAUCAAGAUGUUCUUUUGUUCUUGGAAGCUCAGGAACGAUUCAAUGCUGCGACCCAGUACUUGAAGUAUCGUCCACAGCUUAACGAAUAUCAUGGGCAUUACAAAGAAUGGUGGAGAUUUGCCUACACAUCGAUUCUUGAGGAGAAGGUUCGUCGUAGAAGAAACAAUUGGUCAUGGGAGAGAAUGCGGAAGCAUCGGCGUCUUGUUCGCGAUUACCAAGCGGCUUGGGUCAAACAUCAAACGGAGAGCAGCCCUGGCGCAGAAGCUGAGAAGAUAAUCAAAGAAGCCGAGAAGACGUUGGACGUGUUCAAUGUGAAUGUCGCCCGACAACAGGCGGAGCUUGAGAUUGAUCGCAAGGGGCUCACGCGUCUCGAGGACAAACCGCAAGGAUGGGUUGCUUGGGGCAAGAGUUGGUUCGGCGGAGGCGGUGGAUCGCAAGGAGGAGAGCAUAAGCCCGACGGAAAGGAUAUUGGAUCACAAUUCCAGGCGGCGAUGACUCCGGAAGAGAAAGCCAAAUUGUUCGAGGCCAUUGAUUAUCAGGAGAACAUCCCACCGACCAAUUAUCCCAAGGAGUACGUCGAGAACAAGUUCUCGUUCAAAUUGGGACAAGUUGCCAUCGCUGUCGAUGGAGCUGUUGGAAUGCAGCUCAAAAAUAUCAAGGCUGAUGUCGAGCAGCGACCAAGCGCUGGGGCCACUCACGUCGAAUCUUCUAUUGAAGACUUGCGCAUGGAUGGUGAAGGUGUUGAUUUGAUUCGUGUUCGCGAUCCAUCGAUGCCGUGGAUGUCGUUCCUUCUUGAUACCAAUCCAUUGCAAGGAGGUUACGAUCAGCUUGUGAAGUUGGCGAUUGCUCCGAUUAACAUUAAAUAUCAGGCGUUGCCUAUCAAUAAAGCUAUUGAUGUGUUCAAGCCGCCAGAGUCGGUUAGACUCAAUCAGCUCACCGCAUUGGCGAUGUCGAGAUACGAAGAAGUGAAAGCGCGAUCAGCUACUGGCCUUGCACACGCUGUUGAGAAUCGCUCGAAGCUUGUGCUUGAUGUUCAAAUCCAUCCAGCUCGUGUCUACAUUUCCGAAGGAGGUGUCUAUGAUGUGCAGAAGCCGACACUUCUUGCUGAUCUUGGACUCCUUUCUGUCGUUACCGUCGACAAUAGCAAUGCUGACACAUCUGGAAUGGACAAAAUGACGCAGAUCAUGGAGAAGGCUUAUGAUCGAUUCCACGUCAAGUUGAGCAAUGUUGUGAUUGCUUACGCGGAGAAUGUGGAGAAGGUUGAAGGAUGUGUGCAUCAACCGGAGUCUCCGCUUCAUGUGUUGAAGCCUACGGGAUUAGAUAUUCAAAUUCAUAAGAGUUCUAUUGAUGAUCUACGAUUGGCAAAAAUGCGUGUGAUUGGAGACCUUCCGGAUAUUGUUAUUGGAAUCUCGGAUGAACGUCUCAUCGGUCUCAUGAAGCUCUUGUUGUCGAUUCCUACCCCGGCACCAGAUGAGAAGACAGCGGCUGAGAAACAGCUUGAGGAAGUUCCAGUGGCAAAGGUCAAGGAUCGCGCGAAGAUGAGAACUAUUAUGGAGGCUGAAGAGAUGGAAGAGGAUACGACGCAAAAGGAGGAAGAGAAGAAUAAGUCGCAUGAGCAGCAAGUGCAGAUUGAGCUCGAUCUUAAACUCAACCAGAUCGGAGUUGUUGUUUAUCGCGAUGACAAGGUGUUUUGUGAUGUGUCUAUUCUUCAAAUGGCGUGCAAAUUGCAAAUGCGCACAUUUGAUAUGGUCGUGACCGCCGAACUCGGAUCUAUUAGGGUGUCACUUCCUGAAUUCAAAUCUCUUGAUCCUCGAAGAAACCAUCUGUAUUUGAUUGACAACGAUGAAGAAGACGGAGCGUUGAUGUCGCUGAAGUUCGUUCAGGCGAAUCCAGAAUCACCGUUUUUCGCCACCGAAUAUGAUUUGACUGAACAGGCCAUUGACUUUAACUUUACUAAUUUGAAUGUUUCCUUGCAUCAGGAAGGAGUUCUCCAAUUGAAAAAGUUUGGAGAAGACUUACAAUCUCAACUAAACGAGCUGCAGAAAGAUAAGAAGCCGGAAGAGAAAAUCGAGGAUGUUGCCGUUCAGAUGACCAAGAAGCUUAGCGACAGUGUGCUUUCGAUUGCAUCACUCUCGAAAGAGAAGAGAGUCCGAAAGAAGACGACCGCUGGAACUGAAACAGCUGCGGACACGGAUCGUCACAUCAAGCAACGAAUCAAAGCCAAAUUUGGAAGCUUGGGAUUGCUUUUGGGAACCGAGAAGAAUCUUAUGCUCAAACUCGCCAUUGAACAUAUCAAUGCCAAUGUCAAGAUGACGGCAAAAGCGAUGGAAGUUGUCGCGACACUUCGCGCGAUUUCCAUGGAAGAUUGCACCGAAUCUGCACUUUAUCGCAAGCUUCUCUCCGUUCAUGGAAACGAGGAUAUGCUUCGAUUCGACUUUGUUCAAUAUCAGCGAACUGAGGAUCAACGACAACUCAUGGCGCCGAGCGAUGUUGAUAUGGUUGUGAAGAUGCGACUUGCUCAGAUGAGAUUCGUCUUCCUCAACAUAGUCAUCGUUCGACUAAUGGCCUGGAUCGCGCCGUUUCAGAAUGAAGCUAUUAAAGCAGCGCACGCGGCUCAGGCUGCUGCCGCGGAGAAGGCUGCUGAAGCUGCGCAGAAUGUGAAGAAGGUGCUCGAAACAUCGCCGCCGAGAAUCAAGCUCGACGUUCUCCUUGAAGCGCCGUAUAUCGUGGUUCCGAGACUUUCUACGAGUCGUGACGUCAUUGUGCUUCAUUUGGGUCGUCUCACUGUGAACAAUGAGAUUCGCGGCGAUUCGCAUCAUCCGAAGGCUGUUCUUGAUCGAAUGGAUAUUAAAAUGACUGACAUUACUUUUGGAAUGGGUCGAAUGGAUCAGAAUAUCGCUAACGUUUCCUCGACAUGCCUCAUUCUCAAGCCGCUCACGUUUGCACUUGCUUUACAAAGAAAUCUGACAUUUGCUAAUGUCAAACAGCUCCCAGAAAUUGUGGUUGACGCUCAUUUGCAUUCCAUUGAAGUUGAAAUGUCGGAUGUUGACUAUCGAACGCUGAUGAUGACCUUGUCCGGAAAUUUGGCCGAAGGACAGGAUAUUGAGAUCGCCGCUCCACCACCGCCGCCGGAGCAACUAGCCGUCGAAGCAACUACCGCUAACGCAAAGACACCCGAGAAGAAGCCGAAAGAUCGUGAAGCUUCUGCGGGAACUCCUCUCAUUGAGCAAGCGCAUACAAGAAUCGUCUUCCAAUUCGUGUUGGACAAGAUUGAAGCCGUUCUGCACGAAGGAGAAGCUGUUGAUGGCGAGAGAGACAUGAAGGGCGCGUUUGCUUCGAUGCGAUUGAAUAAUGUGAAGAUGUCGGGAAAGAUUGCGGAAGACAAUGCUAUUGUGUUCGCGAUGUCUCUUGACGAGUUCACUAUGAAUGACGAGCGUAAGGAGAAGACGAAAAUCAGCAAACUUAUGGAUAAGAAGGGAGCUAGAGACGAGCGAUUCAUCGAUUUGAACUUCAAUCAGGAUAGCGAGGCCAACAAACAAGUCCGUCUCAAGAUGACGGCAUUUGUCAUCUGUCUGUGCCCGGAGUUCCUGGGAUGUCUCACAAGAUUCUUCAAUGUUCCUCAAAGUGAGGAGGAGAUUGAGCGCCAAAUCGCGGCUGCUCCGACGAGCAAGGCCGCCGUCGCCCAAACGAAGUCUGCUUCAAGCGGUCCUGCUCAACCGGCAGGAACACUUGCGAUUGAUUGCGAUAUGCAUGGUGUCGAGGUGAUCCUCGUCGAGGAUUCGAUGCAUCCGGACACCUCACAGGCGUUGAUCUUGUCGUUCAACAUCACUGCUGCUUCACAUCCGAAUGAGGCGACGAAGGAUACGAAGAUGAAUGUUGCGAUUGAGAAUCUCACCGUGUUCAGCUCUUAUUACCUUCAAAGCCGACGUGACGAAGUGACAUAUAAGGUGUUGAGUCCCGUGACGAUCGAAGCCUUGGUUAACAUGAACACCGAAUCGAAGACAACAGAUGCUCUCCUCAAAAUGGGAGCAAUGGAAAUCAAGAUGUCGCCAUCGAUUAUUCGACUACUUUCGGCCGUUUCGGCGGAAUUCGCCAAGAGCAGUGCCGUUGAGACUGAUGCGAAGUCGACGAAGACGCCGACGCUCAAGAAAUAUCCGAACUAUUUCGAUGCGAAGCCGCUUGAUUACAGAAAGUAUUGGUUUUUCUCUGCUCCAGUCGCUGAAGAGGCGGUUGAGCAUAACGAAGAUGAUGAUACCCAUACUGCGGUAGAAGUCAGCAUGAUUGGCAAGGAAUCGGCGAAGCUCGAAUUUGAGAAUAUCUCAUUCACGCUGGAAGCAGGAACUGGAGCAAUUCCGGUGCCAUUGAUUUUCUUGGACAUGCACAUCAAUGCUGAAGCACAUGACUGGUCGUCGGCGAUGCGUGUCAACUCGGAUAUCUCACUCCAGAUGUCGUAUUAUAACGAGUCUGUGAGCGUCUGGGAGCCGAUCAUUGAGCCUGUCGAGAAUGAGAAGGGAGAGUUUGAGAGAUGGAAACUCGCGAUGACGAUGAAGUCAAGAAACAAGAUGGAUCCGAAUGACACUUCUCCACAAACUGAUAUCAAGAUUGAGGCUGAUAAGAUGCUUAACGUUACUGUCACCAAAUCAUUGCUUACCCUUGUGAACAAGCUCACAGAAGUGUUCGCCGCCGCUGCGCAGAAGAUUACCCCUACUCAAACUCGCCAACUUCCUGGAAUCUCACCAUUCGUUGUUCUUAACGAGACCGGCGUUGCUGUCAAGGUGUGCGAUUCGGAAUCGAUGCGUGUCAGCGAGGACGGAGAACCCGUUGACGCUACUCAUGGAGCUUUUGUUGAUGUUUAUUUGAAGAAAGAUAUGCUUAAGACUAUUGAGUCUCAUCGUCUCGCUAUCGAACAAGAGGAAGUCACCGGCGAUUUGAAGCUGGAACUGCUCGGAACAACUCGAGAUGUCAAGAUUGGACGCGCUGAGAAGAAGAUUGUUCAUUUACCGAAGACGAGCAAAGGAGGACAAAAGUGGAUUGCUGUUGCUGAAACGACGAUUGAGAACAGCCGACGAUUGGUUACGUUGACGUCUCAUGUCAAAGUCACCAACCAUCUCAGCUACGCUGUCGAGCUCUACUCGAAACGCGACACGACGCUCGAUUUGUUCGGAGUCGUCGAACCUGGAGAAUCUCUUCCAUUGGCUGUGCCACUCCUCUUCUCACCGACCGGAGAGAUUUUUGUGAAGCCAGUUGAUGAUCAAUACGAAGUUUCGACGGAGUCUCUUUGCUGGCACGCAUUUGAGCACAACAAACGUCAAGCGGUGCGAUGCGAGAUCGACACAACCGAUGGAACAUACAGAGGAAUCUACAUUGAUAGUGUAGUCCACGAGGAAAAGAUUACAGAUGGUUUGGAUCUGACUGUCAGCAUCUUCCACGUUCACCUUCAUCCACCACUCGAGUUCCACAACUUGUUGCCAUAUGAGAUCACCAUGGAAGUUCCCGAGGCGAAGACGAUGGCAGCGGGAACCUCGUCGUUGCUUAAUGUUGUCACCGGAAGCAAGGUUAAACUCGCUGUCGAUUACCUUGGAGAGAAGUAUGUUCUUGACAUGCCGAUUCCCGAAAUCAAGAAGGAUGUCGAAGUGGUCGCGUUGAACACUGAAACUGGAUCAGAUGAAUUGCUUCUUGGAUUACAUUGGACGAGUGAGUAUGGCGAUCAGAAGGUCUACCUCUAUGCUCCAUUCUGGCUUGUGAAUAAUACUGAAAAGAUAUUGAAACAUGUCGAGAGCAGCGGAAAUAUACUGACGAAUACGGCGCGAGGUUGUGUGCCGUGCGGCAGGAAAUCGGUCAGCGCUGCCAAAGAGAAUGAGGACGCGGUUCAACAUUUGCCGGACAUGAAUCCGAUCAUUUUGCCGUUCCCGGCCACCGAUCUUGCCAAGAAGAAGAAGGCUAAAGUCAAGAUUGACAACGUUUCCGAAUGGUCGGAUGAGUUCCCGUUGGAUACGGUAGGAAAUGCGAUGAGAAUCACGUGUAGAGGAAAGGAAUGCGAUUACGACCUUACGGUAGACAUCAAAUUGUGCCAGUCGGGUCUCACCAAGAUUGUCACAUUUUCGCCAUUCUAUCUUGUCUCGAACCUUGGCAAAUAUCCUAUGGAGAUCAAAGAAGAAACGUCUAGCGAAUGGGUUGAGAUUCCGGCGAACACUUGCGUUGGCAUCUGGCCAGCUUCGAGAAAGAAGAAAAAGCUUGUGAGUGUGAAAUACCAUGGGGAAGCGAACGAGUCUUUGCUGUUUCCGAUCACUGAGAAUUACGAUACGUUAUGUCACAUGGAUAACGACGCUGUUGGUGUCGAAGUCUCGGUGUCGACUGGAGAAUCAUCGGUGGCAAUUCAUUUGACGCCGUUCACUCCCGGAGCUUGUCCUGUUCAAAUCAUGAACACACUGAAGAUUCCGGUGACUUUCGGACAGAAGGGACACAAGAAGUUCAAAGUUGAACCGCAUGAGGUCGCCCAUUUCACUUGGUCGAGCAUUGUCGAUGAGCGUAUUCUUGAAGUUGACGUUGGUUCGUGGCAUCAUGAGGAUCGACUUGAUCAGAAUAGAUUCGGAGACUUGCAACCGGAUAAGAAUGUCAGAAGAUUCUGCUAUUUCUCGAACUUCUUGAUUGGUCGUCAACGUGUUUUGUUGUUCACCAGCGACAUGGACAUCGCAAAGAACGCUUAUGGUUCAUGGGAGACUGACGUUGUCGAUAUGCAAGCGGAGAUCAGUCUUCAAGGAUUCGGACUCUCCGUGGUCGACAAUAUCGUUGGACGUGAGAUCAUAUACAUGGCCAUCUCCUCGUCGGAUAUUCUUUGGGAAGAAGAGGUCAAGAAGGGUAGAUUCAAGCCAUUGGCGGUGAAAUAUAUGCAAGCACUCGAGGAGAAAUACCAGAAGUCGUUGACAUCGCCGUCCGGAACUGGAUUUGAGCCGCUUGAGGGGUACGAAGUCAGCUUAACCAACAUGAUCCUAAAGAAAAAGAAGGGCAAAGAAGUGAAAAUCCGGCGAAUCUUCGAACAGGGAUUGUGGGCGAGCUACGGAAAAAGCGCGCAGAGAACUCGACUUCACGCCAAGAUCAAUCAUUUGCAAAUCGACAAUCAGCUCGAUGCGUGCGUCUUCCCGCGGGUCUUGUCGGUUGUUCCCCCACCGAAGAGUGUCAUUGUUGAUAAUACUCCGAAACCAUUCUUGGAAUUAUCACUUCUUCAACGUCAACCGGAAUACUCAUCAAUUGCUGAGAUCGAAUACGCUCACGUCUUACUCCAAGAGUUCUCAGUUUGUGUCGACCAGGGUCUCAUCAACGCUCUUCUCCUUCUUAUUUCUGGCGAAGUUGCCAGAAAACCAUAUGGAAAAGAAAUGUUUGACGAGGAUCUCAAAAUCUGUCAUGUGUCUCUAUCCGAGACAGCCAAGGCUUACAAAUCUCAACGGCCGAAGAGCUUCUACAACGAUUUGCACAUCUCGCCGAUAAUGAUGCAUUUGUCGUUCUCGCAAGGUGGAACUACUGCAGAUCACUCAAAUGGUGGUGGCUCGAUGCCAAUCCAAUCAGAAUUCAUAAAUGUGUUCAUGAGAUCGGUCGGUGUCACGCUCACCGAGCUGCAGGACGUUGUGUUCAAGCUUGCCUACUUUGAGAGAAAAUGUACCUUCUAUAGUCCAGAUCAGCUGAAUGCCGAGAUUAUUAGUCAUUAUGCGAAGCAAUUCAUCAAACAGCUUUAUGUUCUUGUUCUUGGAUUGGAUAUUAUUGGAAAUCCGUUCGGACUUGUUCGCGAUCUUUCGGCUGGAGUCGAAGAUUUGUUCUACCAACCAUUCCAAGGAGCCAUUCAAGGUCCCGAGGAAUUCGCUGCUGGUGUCGCCCUUGGUGUUCAGUCCAUGUUCGGGCAUGCCGUCGGCGGAGCUGCUGGAGCCGUCGGUCGAAUUACGGGAACGGUUGGCAAAGGCGUUGCCGCUCUCACAUUCGACGACGAGUACAUGAGAAAGCGACAAGAGGAUAUGAAUCGAAAGCCGCAAACGUUCAGCGAGGGAAUGGCCCGGGGAUUCAAGGGUCUCGGAAUGGGCGUUGUCGGUGGACUCACAGGAGUGGUGACGAAGCCAAUCGAAGGCGCGAAACAAGAAGGUGGCAUCGGAUUCGUGAAGGGAGUCGGAAAGGGUCUGAUCGGAGUGGUGACACGGCCAGUUUCUGGUGUCGUCGAUUUUGCCAGUGGAACGAUGAACUCUGUCAGAGCUGUUGCUGGAACGAAUCGCGAGGCUGGACCACUUCGGCCACCUCGUGUACUCCGAGCCGACAAAAUUGUCAAGCCAUAUUCAAGCUCGGAUGCUUAUGGAUUCAAGGUGUUCAAGGACACUGAUAGAGGAGAAGUUGCCGAGACCGACGAGUACAUCACCCAUGCAUCGAUCAAUGAUAAGCUUGUGUUCUUGGUGACCGAUCGGCAGAUCAUUUUGAGCAAGCGAACUGAUGUGAUGGGAGUAUGGAGCUCGGACUGGAAUGUGGAAUAUUCAAAGGUCAAAGAGCCGGAAUUCAUUCCUGGAGGUGUCAAGAUUCUUCUAAAGGAGAAAAAGAAGGGUUUCCUUGGCAUUGGUUCAUCUGAUGGCAAAGUGAUCACGUUCGAAAAUGCCGAACGAAUUCAGAAUAAGCUUCUGAGUGCCUACAAACGAGCCACAAUGCUUUCCUAA